AUGCAAUCGGCGCAGCACUCGCAGCCUUCCUCGCAGACGAAGCAGCAGCAAAGGGUGGCCAAGCUGGAUCAGAUUGCAUUAGCAGACCGGCCGAAUUUUUUUGGAAACCCAGAUGACUUCAACUCACUUGGCCCGGGGGAGGGUAGCCGCCUUGCUGAGGAGGGUAGUAGCCCUGCUGGGGAGGAUAGCCCUGCUCGUAACCGCCCUGGGGAGGGUAACCGCCGUAGCUGUGUCCAAAUCAGAAGUCAGCAAGAUGCGCAUCGCGAUUCGCGGCAUGCGGUCGGCCAAAUCCAGAAGUUCCCCAUGAUUUCGAAAUGCUCCCAGUUGUUCGAUGGGUUCGAUGGUCCGAGGAAUUUCCUGGUGAUCGCGCGCGAGACCGAGAAUGAAACCGUGCGGAUCGUGCAGACUUACGCCUGA